AUGUUCCACUUUGAUGGAUGGUCAAAACCGGAGCACCCUGGCCCUCCACUUGAUCCGGAGGGCCUUGUGGAAAAUAACGGGUGCUCGGCUGGACCAAAUGAGGUAAGAUUUUUUUGUUUUGGGAACUGCUUGACUUUGAUUUAAUCUAAAGUAAUAUAAUUUUAUUUUCAGCCAAUGCCAAACAAGUCCAUGAAGGAACAAGAAACUAAGGUGGAGCACCCUAGCCCCCCGAAUGAGCCCGGGGGCCGUUGGAAGAUAAAAAUGGGUGCUCACCUUUUGUUCCGGUCUCAGUACGUCUUUGACCGAACCUUGGUCGACCGGCACCCUGGCCCUCCACUUGAUCCGGAGGGCCUUGUUGAAAAUAACGGGUGCUCGGCAGAACCAAAUGAAGUAAGAAUUUUUUGUUUUCGGAACUGCUUGACUUUAGUCUAAAGUAAUAUAAAGUUUUAUUUGGCGGCGUGGCCGGUUCUGGAUCGUCUAAUUCCGACAUACUCCUUAGGUCUUUAUUAGAUAUACCAAAAUGCAAAAUACAAUAAUAAACAUAAAAUAGAACCCCAAAACCACGGAGUGCCCCUCGGCCCCAUCCUCUCGGAGGGCCUAAAUAUGCGAUCCGAGGGUCACCUCCCUCUAACCUCUCGGUCACAUCGACUGGCCAACCGAUCGGGCAUUCGCCUCGAUCGGGCCGUUGACCUAGUUUCAAGAUCGAGUAAAGGGGCGGAGUCUGAACCCUUAACUCCUCCGGGCCUUUUAGAAAUUGCUUGUCCUCAAGCAAUAUGUACGGGUACUAUAUGUGACAAGACGAGCUCUUUCUUGAGCACUUAUUAUAUCUCAAAUAUAUAGACUGGGGACAAUAAAAAUUGGCAGAAAGACUAGAUUAAAUCGUAACAAUCUAUAAUACAAAUUAUGAAUAUGAAUUACAUCGUUAUCCGAAAUGUUCCGAUGAAAUUCCUUGAUGACGCUGAACUGAGGGCUGGCUGGCUGGUUGGUUAUACUUUGCUCGGCCACCAUCGGUCUGGUCUGUUUGCUGUUGAAUUCAGUUGUCGAUGAAAUGGGUCGAAUAGUUUUCCAACGUUCCUUUCUGCGGGGUUUUUGGAAAAUCAUCGUCCUCGAUGAUCCAACGAAUUCUUCCAUGUAUAUUCAGCUUUAAACGUAGCUAUACGAAAAACAGCUGGUGGUCUUUGGAUAAAGAUUUAAUUUUCUCCAAAAACUCUACCACUGAACUAAAUUUUGGCAUCUUCAAUUUCUUUCUUUGGUCUAUUAUGACACACAAGCUAGAAAUGGAUGCAAUAUCAAUUGGCACACAUGUUUGCUAGUGUAGGUGGAACUUGUCGCAAUCGGUUGCUUGCACUUGCGAAACCAUGAAGCCACUUGAUUUAUAAACCUGAGUUUCCUCUUUUGGACAUUUUACAACGCAACGGUUCCGGGAAACGCUUGAGGUUGUUGUGCCAAAGGGUUACUAACGAUUUGUUUUUUUUUUAUCCAUGAUCCAAUUGAUUGUCUUUAUCUGGUUUUUUUUUUUGACGAAUUAUUUUGUCAUGAAACACCGAACAGACGCAUCAACUAGGAUUCUGGCCAAGCCGGCUAAAGCCGUGCUCGACUUGAGAUUCCAACUGUCGGCCCCUUCAAAAAAUGGACCGAUAGAUGGCACUCUUAUAGCUUGCCUCUUUCUCGGUCGUGAAGACCGGGGGCAGCGGAUCGUCAAUUUCAAUUUUAAAUUUAGAAUUCAUGACUACACGGAUAAAAUUUUUUUGGAUUUUUUUUUUGAUAGAUACUAACUACACUAAAGAGAAAAGAAUAGACUCAGAAAAAUAAACAACAGUGAACCUGAAAAACCUACGAACUCAAUAGCUCAACUAUGUGCAGCAAGCUGCCUACUAUUAAACUGGGUUUAAUAAAUAGUUUACUUACCUGGAGUUUCUUGAGGGUAUGGUUUCCUUGGCAGCUGAUGAUAUGAAGUCACGUUCCACGAGGUGUUGGUGAGUAGAUGUGACAAUUCUCCUGAGCCUUCCUCUUCUUUGGCCUUCCGUCUGGUGGCCAGGUCGCGUCUUUGGCCUUACGGAUUAAUGACUUAACGGGCCGCGACCGUAUUUUACAACCCCAGCAGAGGGCAACUGCUGUUGCGCUGCCUCUCUGUCGUAAAUCGGGCGAAUGGCUCGCCAAGUGGCGACCCAAUUUUAAUACGGGCAGAGGGUACCUGAAUUUACAGCGCCUCUCUGUCGUAAAUACCGACAGAAAUUUUGUCGACCAGAUGCGGCUGGCCAGGGACACUACCGUAAUUGAGGAUAAAGAAAAUUUUGAAAUUAAAGGUAUAUCUAACUAAACCUAAGAAAUAUGAACACCUACAACCCAUCCCAUGACCGGUUGGGAUCUAGCGAAACGAGGCCCCAUUUAGAAACCGCCAUAGACCGGCAUUCGCGACUACCGGCUAUAAUAACGGCCUCAUCUCCCCCGCUCUCUACGUGGCUGGAGGAGCUACCGUUGAGGACAGCUACUGUCUCGACAAUGGUCGAGAGCCGCGAAGACUAACUGAAGACCUCGCAACCUAG